GGCAGGGCUAUAGACUAGAAGCAUAGUGGUAGCAGAGUUCGGAGAGAUACGUGAAUAGGAGCGAAGAGAAAGAGAGAGAGUAGUGUAGAGAGAAUGGGAAAGGGAGUAACUGGGAGCAUUCAGCAUCUGACAAAUCAAAGGCACGGUGUCUCAUAUUCCUGCGUAUAGCAGAGGAGGAUGGAGCGUUGCCGGUUGAGCGGAUAAGAUGAUCUGUUUGUGGAUACCAUUGUGUUUUUCUUCGCACCAAUAGGAACAUGUGUUUUCUGGAGGUUUGAGGAAAGCGAUGGUUGCAUCACCUUCAACUGCGCUGUCAAUCUCAUUUCAAAGAGCCACAUCAUAAGAAACUCCGUGGGGAACUGGCCUUUUGGAGGAUAUGCAGAAAUAGGAUCGGCUUGGUUGUUAAAUUAUUUUUAGCAAACCGAGCAUUAAAACCAGUGGUUAUCAGUUUUAUGUAUACCAGUAUGAUGAACUCUUUUUUUGAUACUUCGCCUGCUGCUAUGAUCGAUACAGUUCCUGUCAGCCGUAUGUCCACUUCUGGGUCGGGCGCGGUAACCAGUGCUCUGCGAAAUGAUUUGGGGUCCAAUAUCCAUGUACUGAAGACUCUGAACCUGCGGUUUCGCUGUUUUCUUGCUAAGGUUCAUGAACUAGAGCGGAGAAACAAAUUAUUAGAGAACCAACUGCAGCAAGCCUUGGAGCAACAACGAUACCAAGUAUACACACGUGAAGUAGCUGUCCAAACCGACUCUACUGAAUCCCGACUACCUGGUACCAUUUGGAGUUUCACGCACGUGAGGAGACACGGCGAGCGCUAUGAGACUCUCCAGGGGCCCGGUGUGUCCUGGAAUCACCCGGACGGCGUUGGGGUCCAAAUCGAUACCAUCACACCAGAAAUAAGAGCUCUGUAUAAUGUUUUGGCUAAAGUCAAGCGAGAGAGAGACGAAUACAGGAGAAGAUGGGAAGAGGAGCUGAACAGACGAGAGCAUAUGGAGUCCAUGGUGGAAUCCAUGCAGGAGAGUGCUCAGGAGUCAGAGGAGAUCCAGGAUGAACUGAAGGAGAAGGUGGACAGGCUGAAGGCUGAGUUGGUGGUCUUUAAGAGUCUCAUGAGCGAUCAAAUGUCUGACCUGGACUCUAAGAUCCAAGAGAAAGCCAUGCGGGUGGACAUGGACAUCUGCCGGCGCAUCGACAUCACCGCCAAACUGUGUGACGUGGCUCAGCAGCGCAACUCAGAGGACAUGUCCAAGAUGUUCAAUGUCAGCCCGGCCAGGUCACUCCCAGAGAGGGGCGCCACGGCGUGCUGCAGGAAGGAGCGCAGGCCUGUGUCUGAUGAGGACAGCUCUGAGAUGGAUGCAGACCCCAGCACCAGUACCUCAGAGGAGGAGGAGGUCCCUCUUAACAUCACUGAUGAAAUGAAACGAAUGCUCAACCAACUACAUUGUUCAGAUGAUAAUUGUGUUGCCAGGAGGGAGACGUUUGACAUUGAUGACGACUGUGACAGCCUGACGUGGGAAGAGAAUGACGAGACCCUGUUGCUAUGGGAGGACUUCACCAACUAUAACAUACAACCCAGUGCCAUCAACGCAUCAAACUGCACAGCCACCAGCGCAGCCAACAGCAACAUAGAGGAGCCUGUCUCUCAGGAUGGAAGCCUGGGCAGCCUCAUAGAUGAGACAGAAUCACUAUUCAAGACCAGAGAGCAGGAGUACCAGGAGACCAUUGGCGCGAUUGAGAUGGAGCUAGCCACAGCGAAGAGUGACAUGAACAGACACCUGCAUGAGUACAUGGAGAUGUGUAGCAUGAAGCGUGGUCUGGAUGUGCAGAUGGAGACGUGCAGGAGGAUGAUCAAAGGGGGCAGGAACUCUCCCUCUGUCAGCUCGGUGGCCAGCAGCGACUCAGGGAAUACUGACGAGAUCCAGGAAGAACUAUUGGACAAGGACGGAGAGGCUGAGGUGCCAAUCAGCUGAUGUCUGUCCUGCCUGGCACCGCCCCUCACUCCUCCACUCACUGACGUAUAGCUGCUCACAGAGCUCCACCCUGCUUGGGGGUUGGCUUGUUUGGCACUGUUGCCUGGGGGUCCUGAUGGUCCUAAGGGUCUGUCCCACUCUCCCAACUGGUGCUUAUUGUCUCUUUCUCAUAGGGAUGGGGGGGACGGUGUUCCUUUGCUUCACAAGUAUUAUAAGGCAGAGGUGGCACAUACAAUACAGUGUCAGCUGUGCUCUCUUCCUCAGUGCUGCCUUGCUGGUUUCUUCAACCUAAUCAGAGCUCCACAAGAACAUCCAGCAAAACAGUCAACCUUAUCAAACCAGUCGUACUGGCUCACUAUUAGCAUAUUCGAAACAGUUGCACCGUCACCAUCGUCAAUCUGUUGGACUGAGGUGGACAGUCCAUUUGGUCAACAGGGAACAACAUACACAACAGUAUUCACCAGUGAGAAUAUAUGCCUGAGUUCUUUUAAUAAUCACAAAUCAAGAGCAAUCACACAAUUUUCUACGUGCAUGUGCCCCAUGGAUGCAGAUGGAUCAUUCACAUACAGUACAUGCACAUGUACAAUUGGGUAUUGAAAUGUUCUCACCAGAGUCAAUACAAACAAAACAGCCUGACUGGACUCUCCAUGGUUACCAGUGUUUACUGGGGAACGGAGCACAACCCUUUGCUGCAUAAUGCAUUGUUCAAGCUCUAUGCAAUUUAGCUAGCCUUAUUUCAGGAUGACCUUCCCUACCCUUCUUUUCCCUUAUGAUUAGCCUUUUUAAGCUGGGCAGGUGUUUUCUAGUUGUCAUUCAGAGUGCUCAUGUGUGUUCUCCGAAGUAAAAGGUGCAGAAUUGUCUCAAAAAAGGGAAAUGUUGGAACAGUGACCCCUCGUUGUCUUUGUCAAAGUCAUACCCCUUCCCUCCCUACCCACGUUAAUUUAAUGUCUGUAAACAUGGAAAAGAUGAUCGAAAAUAAUAUGGAACAAGGCGCCAGCAAAUAUGCUGUUUUUGAUUUGUAUUGCCUUUUGCUGAUCACUAUCAUGCUAAGCUUCAGCCAAAUUUUGUAAUUUCCCCUAAAAUGUAUAUGUUAUGAUUGUUAGAACUAAGUUCUUGAUUGUCCCUUGGGCUACUCUUUGGUAAGUCCAAAGGGCUGUUGAGAGUUAUUGGUCAUCUGUUUGUCCUCUCAGAGAGAGGUUAUGGAAGAUAUAUUACACAAAACAAUCACGGAAACUGGCAACACCAUGUACAUUGGUUGCUAAUACAAUUCCUAACUUAUACACUGUACAAUGCCAUAUUUAGGUUAUAUUUUUGCCAAUCUGGGCGACUAACCUCAAAUGGCAUCUCACAAAAACUCCCCUCCCUUCUGUCCAGCCUAUCAUAUUCCGUUGUCCCAUUGUCAUGUUCCCUGGAUUGGGCUUAGAAUAGUUUGUACAUACAUAAGAGACACAGGAGGUUGGUGGCACCUUAAUUGGGGAGAACUGGCUCAUUGUAAUGACUGGAGCGGAAUAGGUGGAAUGGGAAAAUUCAUCAAACACAUGAUUUCCAGGUGUUUGAUGCCAUUCAAUGAGCCAUUCUCCCCUCAGCAGCCUCCUGUGAUAAGAGGGCUGUUGGCAUGUGAUCGUAUACCCUAGAUGCCUUUCUGUUCAUAAUGCGCUAUACGUAAUUAAUUUUGUUGUAUUACAUUCAGUCUAAUGAUUUUCAUUGAACUAAUCAAUUAACAAAAUUGAUGAACGCACAAGGAUUGGGAGGUUUUCUGCAAGUUAUUUUUCAAUUGGUUUAUGAAAUGUUGUUAGUUUGCAGAAUCAAGGACAAAAGUGCUAUUUGUACGAUGAGGGUUUUAACAAUUACAUUUGUCAUUGCAUUGUCUCUGUGGGGAAGAGGGGCUAUUGCAUUUGGUUGUUUCUCUGAAUUGUUUUACAUUUGAACUAGAGGCACAUCAUAGUUGCAGUACAAUAGUGUUGCAAUUCUCGAAAUCAAUUUCUGUAGCUUUAAAUGGGCCUAUAGUCCAUGAAAUUGCAUUAUACAGAUUGAAUUGUGAGUGUUGAGGCAGAAAUGAAAUAUUCUCUGUAUCAUAUUCUGUUAACAUAUGUAUCAUAUUCCGUUAACAUCAUGGAUGGUCAAAAUGGUCAGGACACUUAACUAUUUCAUCUGACACAAAAAGGCUGGCCCAAUCAGUCUAGUGUAUAUUAUUUCCUAAGCCAUAGUAAAAUAUUCAGACACAUAACAUUCAGGGUGAGGCCUUAUUCCCAGCUAACCAUCAAAAUACAUUGUAUAAGAAUUAAAACCAGCAUGACUUAAGCCAUGUUUUUGCUCGUUCUUUGUUGCACCUUACAGUGUAGGCUGGUAACCAUUAGGCCUAUGCCCUUAUUUCUCAUGAUGUCUCAGGAUGUCAUUUCUACAAAGAGAACAAAUCAGAUAACAUACGCCACAUACACACAAGUAUGUGGACACCCCUUCCAAUAAGUAGAUUCAGCUAUUUCAUGCACACCUGUUGCUGACAGGUGUAUACAAUGUAGCACACAGCCAUUCAAUCUCCAUAGACAAAGAUUGGCAGUAGAAUGGCCUUACUGAAGAGCUCAGUGAAUUUCAACAUGGCACCGUCAUAGGGUGGCACCUUUCCAACAAGUCACUUCGUCAAAUUUCUUCCCUGCUAGUGCUGCACCGGUCAACUUUAAGGGCUGUUAUUGUGAAGUGGAAAUGUCUAGGAGCAACAACGGCUCAGUCGCAAAGCGGUAGGCCACACAAGCUCACAGAUCGGGACUGCGUGUAAAAAUUGUCCAUCCUUGGUUGCAACACUUACUACCAAGUUCCAAACUGCCUCUGGAAGCAAUGUCAGCACAAUAACUGUUUGUCGGGAGCUUCAUGAAAUGGGUUUCGAUAGCCGAGCAGCCGCAUGGAAGCCUAAGAUCACCAUGCGCAAUGCCAAGCGUCGGGGAGAGUGGUUUAAGCUUGCCGCCAUUGGACUCUGGAGCAGUGGAAACGUGUUCUCUGGAGUGAUGAAUCACGCUUCACUGUCUGGCAGUCCGACCAACAAAUCUGAGUUUUGCGGAUGCCAGGAGAGUGCUACCUACCCCAAUGCAUAGUGCCAACUGUAAAGUUUGGUGGAGGAGGAAUAAUGGUCUGGUGUUGUUUUUAAUGGUUCGGGAUAGGCCCCUUAGUUCCAGUGAAGAGAAAUCUUAACACUAUAGCAUAGUGUUCUAGAUGAUUCUGUGCUUACAACUUUGUGGCAACAAUUUGAGGAAGGCCCUUUCCUGUUUCAGCAUGACAAUACCCCCGUGCACAAAGCGAGGACCUUACAGAAAUUGUUUGUCGAGAUUGGUGGAGAAGAACUUGACCGGCAUGCACAGAGCCCUGACCUCAAUCCCAUCGAACAACUUUGGGAUGCACUGGAAGGUUGACUGCGAGCCAGGCCUGAUUGCCCAACAUCAGUGUCCGGCCACACUAAUGCCCUUCUGGCUGAAUGGAAGCUAGUGGAAAGCCUUCCCAGAAGUGGAGGCUGUUAUAGCAGCAAAGGGGGGACCAACUCCAUAUUAAUGCCCAUGAUUUUUGGAAUGAGAUGUUCAACGAGCAGGUGUCCACAUACUUUUAGUCAUGUAGGGUAUUUCCCAUUGAACAGAUUGUAGACGUGUUGAUUAUGGCAGCCACCCGCACCUCUCUGAUUCAGACGGGUUGCGUUAAAUGCGGAAGGCAGAUUUCAGUUGUACAACUGACUAGGUAACUCCCUUUCUUUUGAUAAAUGUGUGGUCAAUAUCCAGGGGCAGUCUUCUGAGUACAGUCCAACCUAACUAUCAGAACUGGUGCAAAAAAAUCUAGCGCCGUGAGCUAGAACACAUCUGAUGUGUACCUGACACAUUGUUCUCUGUCCAGCAAGCAAACACAAAUUGUACAUGUUUAAUUGAACUAGUAUGUAGCCUACCCUUACAGGACUAUGAUCAUCUAGAAAGUCUGGCUCAUUGAGCCUAUAUGGGAACCUGCAGUGGUUGGGUUUAAAUGUUUCAUGGGUGUUUUAUAUGAGUGGGUUUUAUUAAUGUAGUGCAAGGGUCUAAAGUGUUACAUUAGCCAUUGCUGAUAUGUAUUUUAUAUUGCUUUGUCACCAUAACAUACAGAGCUUGCCUGUAGUGGGUGGUUAUAGAGUAUUGUAGAGAUAGCAGUAGGUCAGAAUCCCCAGUCAAAGUAGCCAUUGAGGAAAGUACUGUCUUUACUAUGACCAUUUGAUGACCAGUGUAUUUUUUUUAGACACAUCACAUUAUGAUGAUGCUAUUUCAAGCCUGCUGUUUCCAACUCACAUUUCUGUCCCUGCAUCUUAUUUCAAUGCAUACCUCUGCAUUGUAAAGUACAAUGUUAUUUUUAUGUCAUCUAUCAGUAAAACUUUGCAUUCAUGGGGAUUUGGGAUAUACUGUUGUUAAAAAAAAGAAAAGAAUGUACACUUAUUGGUGUUGGGGGGGGAAAUGAAAUAAAAUGGUGGAUUGCC